UAAAAAAUCCGUGGCAUUAUCUGUGUCGUACGUGUGGUCAAGCGAGAUAAUCCGUCUGAGAAGAAUAAUUCCUUUGUUCUGUAAAGAAAAGAACAGAAAAAUAGUUUGACAUCGGCCAAAAAUAUUCAAGGAAAUAUUUCGCAAUGAAAAUAGUCAGUUAAAAAUCUUAAAAAUUAAAAAUUGUUGCUAAAACUACCAGGAUGUUAGGAAGUAUGAAGAGUUACACGAACUGUUUGGUUGCGGUUUUAUUGACCUUAUAUGGAGUUGGUGGUGCUGAAAAUGGUACUGAAGCUGUGACUGAAGUCUCUGAGGCGCGGGGACCCGUGAAAUACGCUUUGCUGAGUCAUUUCGCCUACACCGUGGUAACCAAGCUGGUCAUCCUCAAAAUAGUCUACGGCUUCAUUCUCGCCGCCCUUCUUUUCAAGGGAUGGAAGUUCGUUCUCUGGUUCAUCCAUUAUCUCAAGGAAACGAAACGGGACCACCAUAUAGAGAUUGACCAUGAUUAUCAUGAUUUUGACCACCAUGGUCAUCAUGGUUUUAGUCAUCAUGAUUUUGGUCAUCAUUACGACCAUCAUGUUUUUAAGCAUCAUGAAUUGGAUUAUGAUCCUUAUCAGGGGUACAGUUCGUACGGUAACGAUGAGUAUUAUCCACAAAAGAAGAAAGGGAUGUAUGAUGCUGAUGGGUCCUAUUCUGUAAAAGGUAGUUAAAUUAUUAGAAAGAUACUGUUUUAAAGUAUGUUUUUAAAUUAGGGCCAAAAGGAUGACAGGCGACCCAUGGAAUACUUUUUUGUGCUCCGACCGGAAAGCGUCAAAUUUUAGGUCGCUGCGCUAAAUAAAGUUACCUAUCACUUUCCGGCUCCAUCGAACAGAAAAAUAGGCUGAAGCGGCCGAAAAAUUUAAUAAUGUUAAAUCCAU